AUGUUUCACCCAAAUGUUUAUGCAUCAGGCGAAUUGUGCUUAGAUAUUUUACAAAAUAGAUGGUCGCCAACUUAUGAUGUUUCGAGUAUCUUAACGUCUAUCCAGUCGCUUUUGAAUGACCCUAAUAUAAGCUCUCCUGCGAAUGUAGAAGCAGCUAACUUGUAUAAAGAUCAUAGAUCACAGUAUAUUAAAAGAGUGAGAGAAACAGUAGAAACCAGUUGGAAUGAAGAUGAUGAAGAUGAAGAUGAAGAUGACGACGAAGAUAUUGAUGACGCAGAGUAA